UUUGUCAAUUAAAUGAGAAAUGAUGAUUAUUAAGUCUAUAGUAAUUUCUUAUAGCGAGGUCAUUGAAUAAAUACACGACCCUUAAAAGAUGAUUCUCUGUGUACGGGUCUGUCGCUUGGUCACGUGAUCGACGUAUCUCACGCAUAUACGCUCGCCUAUACCGAUCAGUUUGUUUCGAGACGCGAGACGAUGAGGUCCUUCAACGCUUGCAACGACAAACUCGACCAGGCCGCCUUCCACUUAUUUUUCCCAUCUGUGACAAAGAUCAGCUGGAAGACGAGUCUCUUCCGCGAUACAAUGAACGUCAGAUCUGUCGUUUGAAAGGAGAGUAUCGUGUUCCGAUAUAUGGGACCGUAUGUCCUUCGAGAAGAAGAACGAUUCGCACAAGACAUGCUAGCGAUACGGAGCGAAGGAGCAAAAGGACGACGGAAAUAGGGGAGAAAAACGAGACUUCAUAAGCACCAGUUAUACGUCUCGACGAACGAACGAAAGAAGAAAAACGCCGGAGAGGGAAUUCGAUUCGACGUCUCGGAAGCUAGAGACGUCAUCCCGCUUGGAAUUUUCGAUGACAGUCUCGCUGAUCGAGGCUGGGAUACUUUCUUAAUAGAGAACGUCUCUUCCCCUCAUCUCGAGUUAUCCAAAACAAUGUGGUACUCUUCGAGCAAGACCGGAGCUCCGGCAGAGGAACAUUCGCGAGAGGAUGACAGAAAGAUGACAGCGGCUGAUGACAACGGAUUGGCGACUGGCGACGACGACUCCGGAUUCCUGUCGGUCGGCAACGUGCAGCUUUGCAGUGACACGGGAUUGCAGAUACCAGGGAUGGGAAGUCUGCAGGACGAGGGACAGCGAGGAGUCGCGCCGAUGGUGCCGGAAGCGGCAAUCGCUUCCUCGAUGACAACGGCAGCGAAGGGAUCAGUCAGGACUGCUGAUAGCGGGGUCGUGGACGUCGAGCUCUGCGAAGACCUGAACCGGCUCACCCUGAGCGGAAGGUCGAUCCAGCCCGAGCCGAUGACCCUGUUACACGUGGAUGUGGCCAGUGGACAGCAACAUCAGGAUGAUCGGUUGAUGAGCAACAAGGAUCUUUGGCAGGGUUUCUAUUCCAGGGAUGGCGACGGUGACACACAAUUGCACAUCGCGAUCAUGCAGGGCUAUGUGGAGGCUGCGCUGAUUUUGAUAAGUCUAGCGCCUCAUCCGCACCUCUUGAACAUCAUGAACGAUCACCUACAAUCACCUUUGCAUCUGGCGGUCUUGACGCAACAACCAUUGAUUGUCAGACGUCUAGUCUUGGCGGGAGCUGAUCUAUCUCUGAGGAAUUUCCGUGGAAAUACGGCUCUCCAUCUGGCCUGCGCGAAUGGAGAUCUCGCUUGCGCCAAAGCUCUUACGGAUCCGUUGUACCCGAUGGAGAGGAAUAAGCUGAUGCCCGGGCAAAAGAUACCCGCCUUACCUCAGAACUUGGAGCAAAUCAACUAUAAUGGCGAGAUGUGCCUCCACAUAGCCGUUGCUAACGGACAUGUGAACCUAGUACGUCUUCUGCUGCGUCUCGGCGCCGAUCUCGAGGCGAAGGAAUGUCUGGCGGGUAGAACGGCGCUUCAUCUCGCGGUAGAACGUAAAUGUUGGCCGAUAAUUUCCUUCUUGAUGAAAGAAUGCGAACCUUGUCUGGAUACGAAAACAUAUAGCGGUUUAACGGCUUAUCAAUUGGCUUUGUAUACCGAUAGACAGCUCGCCAGAGAGCUGCUGCGACACGGCGCGAAACCAGAGCCGUUGCCGAAUUCGGAUUCUGAAAGCAGUGACGAUGAGUUGAAUUAUGUGCCUACAAUUCUCCAGCUGAACAAUGUGCAGAGAUUAAAGGUCUGAGGGAAAGAGAAAUAUCCAUAACUAAAUAUCCAUAACAUAAAUACCGAUCAGACAAUUGCUGAGAGAAAAAUGGAAAGAAUAUAAGAAUAUAAGAAGAUAUAUAAUAUGCAUAAAGAAAAAAUAUAUCUUCGAGUUGCAUAAAUGAAAUCCUCUUCAUCAGACAAAUUGAAAUCAAAACGUAUAAUUAUAAUGGAUAAUACAGUUUGAAGAAAACGAAAAAAAGAUAUCAAAAUUGCAUUCUUAUUCUUCUUUAUUCAGUUGUUUAUAAUGGAUUUCAAACAUCUUUUUCAAAUCGAUAUCAUCGAUAACGUAUACAAAAUAAGCUGAUGGGUGAACAACAAACGAGCAAUAUGUGGAAAGCAAAGAUCUCAGAAACAAACUGACACACGAUUAACGAAUAUUCCAUUACGAACGAAGCAACGAUGUAAGGGCUGUCUUUUAUAGUAGUUCUUUUUAUUAUUAAUUCAUUGCGGCAGCCGAAUAUGUAAUAUCCUGUAGUAAAUAGAGUGUUUCGAGAGAAUGUACAAAUAACACAAAGGACAAUCUAUAUUUUAAUUUAAUAUUUUUUAAUCUAACAAUAUUGAUGAAAAAAAUCUAUAAGUGUCAGAGAAAAGAGCGCUAGACAUAGAAUGUAUGACGCGAGAAUGGAAUAUCUGUUUACUUAAUGUGCAUAUUUUACACAUAAAAAAAUUUGCGUUUGAAAAAGGAAAUUUUGUUACAAAUGAUAGAUUAUAAUAAGAUAGAUGCAAAACAAAUGCAUUAUAUGUACAAAAUACAUUUUAUAUCAACCAGAAAGAAAUAAGUUCAUGUUUUCACGCGUGAUUUAUAACUGUAUGCAUUAGAUGUAUGCAUUAGAUUUAAUCAAUUAAUGUGCAAAUAAUAUUAUAUAUAUGAUAUAUUAUUUAGCGAAAAAAGAUUUAGAAUAGUACGAUGUUUAUCAACGAUGAACAUUAACCAGAUCAGUGUUCAUUUAAUAGUUAAUAAGAUUGCUUCCAUUGACAUAUAUAAAUCUAUUGUAAUCAUUUUUCUGUAAAUAGCUACUUUUUGAUAUAGAAUCGUAUUGCUAUCAUGAAAUAUCAAUAACAACUGUAACGAGAUGACGAUAUCAUUCAAUGUUAUAUAUUCGUAUGUAAAAGCCAUAUAAUUAUUUUUAAUAAAAAAAUGUAUCGCAAAAAAUCC